CUCCGCCGACGAAGCCGCGACCGCCGACCAGGGGAGCCUAUCGAAAAGAGCUCGCCGCUUCAGGUGAGAAUCUGCCCGGGGCCGUCGUCUGUGCGUGGCGCUUUCCGGCGUUGGCCAAUCGAGUUUUCCACCGCUCCCCAAAAUUUCCCCUUGCAAUUCCUCUACAUUAGAAUCUGUCCUUUGUGACCUCAUGAUUCGUCAAUUGGCUUUGGUGCCCCUGUUCAGGCAAAUAUGAGAAUAGGUGGAGGGAGCUUUUACAUCAUCGUUGCUAGAAACUGGCUCAAAAGCUAAUGAAUGAAGGCUACAAAAUGGAAUCCCCGUGUUUUAUUACAGAGGCGCCAUUGUUCGACCAAUGCAAACAUCACCACGUUGUUCAACAAAUACGUCGACAAGACCAAUGUCUUAUCCUGGAACUCCAUCAUCGCCGAGUUGGCUCGGAGUGGGGACUCAGUCGAAUCCCUCAAGGCCUUCUCCUCCAUGCGCAAAUCCGCCAUUAAUCCCAACCGUUCAACUUUCCCUUGCGCGAUCAAGUCCUGCUCCGCCCUCUGCGAUCUCAUCUCGGGAAAACAAGCCCACCAGCAAGCGUUUGUAUUCGGUUAUGCUUCAGACCUUUUCACUUCGUCUGCACUUAUAGAUAUGUACUCCAAAUGCCGCGAAUUGGACGAUGCAAGAAACGUGUUCGACGAAAUACCUCACAGAAACGUGGUCUCCUGGACCUCGAUGAUUAACGGGUAUGUUCAGAACGACUGUGCCCGCGAGGCGUUGUUGCUUUUCAAAGAGCGGUUAGUUGAAGAAAGCGAUGUCGGCGGCGUGGAUGAUGAUGAAGGGUGCGUCGAUGGGGUUGCUAUGGUUGCCAUUUUGGCGGCUUGUUCGCGUAUUUGCGAGAAGAAUGUCACGAGAGGGGUUCAUGGGUUUGUGAUUAAAAGAGGAUUGGAUGAGGUUUUAGGUGUUGGCAAUACUCUCAUCGAUGCGUACGCCAAGUGUGGCAUGGUCGAGUUUUCUAGGAAGGUGUUCGAUGAAAUGAAUGAUAAAGAUUUGAUAUCUUGGAAUUCCAUCAUUGCAGUUUGUGCACAACAUGGUUUGGCUGACGAGGCCAUCGGAGUUUUCCAGUCGAUGGUGAGCAAUGCAGAGGCUGACUAUAAUGCAAUAACACUGUCGGCGGUGUUGUUAGCUUGUGCACAUUCGGGAGCACUUCGAAUCGGCAAGGAAAUACACGUUCAGGUUAUAAAGAUGACUUUGGAGAGUAAUGUAUUCGUGGGUACUUCAGUAAUCGACAUGUACUGCAAAUGCGGCAGAGUAAAUACAGCAAGGAGAGCAUUCGAUAGGAUGAAUGUCAAGAACGUAAAAUCAUGGUCUGCCAUGAUUGCCGGUUAUGGAAUGCACGGUCAAGCAAGAGAAGCGCUCAAAGUAUUGUCCGACAUGAUUAACGCUGGAGUAAAACCGAACAGUAUCAGUUUCAUAUCAGUCCUCUCAGCUUGUUGCCAUGCUGGCAUGGUCGACGAAGGGUGGCACUGGUUUUGCGCUAUGCAGCACAGGUUCAAUAUAAAACCAAGUGUCGAACACUAUGGCUGCAUGGUUGAUCUCUUUGGUCGAGCAGGGUAUAUUAAACGAGCUUAUAAUCUGAUCAUGGAUAUGAGAGCGAGGCCCGAUUUUGUGAUUUGGUGUUCUCUUUUGGCGUCGUGUAGGAUACAUAAAAAUGUGGAGCUUGGGGAGAUUUCAGCUAGGAAAUUGUUAGAGUUGGAUCCAAAUAAUUCGGGUUAUUACACGUUGCUAUCGAAUAUUUACGCUGAUGCUGGUAGAUGGGAAGAUGUGAACAAAAUGCGGGUGUUUAUGAAAAAUCACGGUGUUGUUAAAUCACCUGGAUUUAGUCUUGUUGAGCUAAAGGGUAGGGUUCAUGUGUUUCUUGUUGGAGAUAGGCAACAUACGCAGCACGAAAAAAUAUAUGCUUACCUAAAAGAACUAUCUUGGAAGCUUCUAGAAGCUGGAUAUGUGCCUAGUGUGGGUUCGGUUCUUCACGAUGUUGAUGAAGAGGAGAAGGAAAUGACUUUACGAGUUCACAGCGAGAAGUUGGCUGUUGUUUUCGGGAUUAUGAAUUCGGCUCGUGGUGCGACUAUUCAAGUAAUUAAGAAUCUUAGAACUUGUGAAGACUGUCAUACGACAGUUAAGUUGAUUUCGAAGAUCAUUGAUCGGGAAAUUGUGAUUAGAGAUCCGAAGCGGUUUCACCAUUUCAGCAAAGGUGCUUGUUCUUGUGGAGACUACUGGUGAUGCAAAUGCAAUGCCGAUUCCCGACUUAUUUGAUUUAUGUGGGACCAGGUGACUUACAAGAAGGAAAAAAAAAA